UCAUUACAGCAACAACAAGCUCACAGCAGUUUCACUCUCUCACAGAAAGGCAGACGCACUGAUAGCCAGCGCUCGACGGAGGAGCCGUUUAGACAGAGGUCAUGUGGAUGUCAGUGCGUUUGUGAAUGUUUAACCCCAUUGCUCAUUUACUGGAGAGGGAACGGCUUGAGCUGAAAGGAGGUCUAUAGCUGCUUUUCAGAUGCUGGACUAUUAUGGUCCAGCUUGAGAACACCAAGUGCAGUUUUCUCGUCUGCCUUGUAGUCUGCGUCUUAAUAUGUUCUGCCAUCUACCUGAACGCAAAAAUACCCAAAAUCUCUCUUCCAUUCACUGACUGGAGCAGCCAAACCACACCAGCACCCGAAAGCUGUGACAUACUACCACCUGCGACCCCCGGGUUUACAUGGCAGCAAAAAGACCAUAAGAACUUCAGCUAUGAGACCAAACCGGACGCAAACUGCACUCUAUUGCAGUCAGAUCUGCACUUUAUCAUGGAGCCAUUGAGCAAAGAAGAAGAAGACUUCCCUUUGGCUUUCAUAAUCACCAUCCACAAAGAGCUGGAAACAUUUGUGCGGCUACUGAGAGCCAUUUACGCUCCGCAGAAUGUGUACUGCAUUCACAUAGACGCUAAAGCGGCGGAAGAAUACAAGACAAGCAUCCGAAACCUAGUUGGAUGCUUCCCGAACGUCUUUGUGGUGUCCGUCAAUGUAAACGUGACUUACGCUGGCUUCUCCCGUCUGCAGGCUGAUAUCAACUGCAUGAAGGACCUGGUGAAGUCUCCAACAAAAUGGAAAAGAGUUAUAAAUCUGUGCGGCCAGGACUUCCCAAUCCAGACCAACCUGGAGCUAGUCCGAUACAUGCAAGGACCCGAAUGGAAAGACAGGAACAUUACGCCGGGAAUCAAGCAGCCACCCACUAUGAAGCACAGGACUCAGUUUCAGUACGAGGAGGUAAAAGGCACCCAUGUUGCACCAAAAGGCAAGGGUCAAAAGAAGGGACCACCUCCUCACAACCUAACAAUUUACUUCGGGACUGCUUAUUACUCCUUGACGAGACCGUUUGUGGAGUUUGUCCUCACAGACAAGUUGGCCAAAGACUUGCUGGAGUGGUCUAGAGACACCUUCAGCCCUGAUGAGCAUUACUGGGUGACUCUAAAUCACAUGAAGGAAGCACCUGGCAGUUAUGUCGAAGGCGAAUGGCAAGGUAACGUUCGUGCAAUCAAAUGGAAGGACCAAGAAGGUACAGCACACCAGGGCUGUAAAGGGCGAUACAUCAGAGAUAUCUGCGUUUACGGGAUUGGUGACUUACAAUGGCUUAUCGAAAGUGAGAACAUGUUCGCAAAUAAAUUUGAGACCGCAAGUUUCCCAGAAGCCCUGCAUUGUCUGGAACUGUGGCAUCGGCAUAAAGUUCUCCAGCACGCCAUGGUUCCCAUUCAACCAUCAUGGCGUCUCACCACAGAGGUUAAAGUCAUCAACAGCACACUCAUUUCAAAACCAGACGACUGAUUCUGGGCAAUCAACCAUGAGAAGGGAAAUUCACACCAUUUACAGACUUGUCAACUUCUGCAUACUGAAAAGCCUUCAUCACGAACAUCACUUGAUGACGUGUGAGAUCAGUAAGCACUAGUUCCUCUUGACUUCAAACUGCAAUCUCUCAUGGACACAGCAGACAUGAAGGAAGAAACAAUAGAGACCUCAAUGGAACAUUUUCUGCUUUACGGAGCAAAUUUGUUGUUGCUGAUUGUUAUGUGAGUGUUGCACUGAUAGUAAUCGUAAUUUGUAUUUAUUUGUAUUUAUUAACUGCAGCAUAAUGCAUUGUUUCAAAUGGAAAGAUAAUAAAGAAUGAAGGCAUUGCAAUCCUUGGCCAGGUCCAAGAUACAACAAAAA